CUGCGAAAUAGUUUCGGAAUCACAAGCUGCACGAGCUUUUUGUGCACAAUGUUGUGAUUUUGAUCGUAUUCUUUGUCAAUUUUGCGAUGUUUCGGUGACUAUCGGUCCGCGAACCGAUAGCUGUGAUUAUUUUGUACACGUGAUAAAAAAGUGUUAAAGUGUAAAAGUCUCAAAAGUGUGCGGAAGUUGACAAAAUGCUUGUCAAAAGUGUAGACUGUUCCGAGUAAUUGUUGUCUUCCGAAAACUAUUUUUAGACUUCCUAGUUUCCACUGUUUUUCAACGCUUUCGACGUAAUGGUCGGUGAAGAAAAUGAAGAAUAAAAUGCCACCGUUCCGUAGGAAAAAGAGCGGAAAGUCCUUUCCAGUGAAAGUCUGUACACUCGAUGCAGAAUUGGAAUUCAAUUUGGAGUGGAGGGCUACAGGAAGAGAUUUAUUCGAUUUAGUUUGUCGAACAAUCGGCCUGAGAGAAACAUGGUAUUUCGGUUUACAGUAUGAAGACGCAAAAGGAUUUAUAUCAUGGCUGAAACUGGACAAGAAGGUACAAGAUCAGGGUAUCUCUCAACAACCAACGACGCCAUUUAUGUUCCUGGCAAAAUUUUACCCAGAGGACGUGGCUGAGGAGCUGGUCCAAGAAGUCACUCAACAUUUAAUUUUUCUUCAAGUUAAGCAAGCGAUUAUUUCGAUGGAUAUUUACUGUCCGCCGGAAGCUUCCGUUUUACUCGCAUCCUAUGCAGUUCAAGCAAAGUAUGGAGACUACGAUGAAGUAUCGUUUCGACCAGGAACAUUAGCUGGUGAAGCUCUUCUUCCACAAAGAGUGAUCGAUCAAUAUCAAAUGACUCCCGAAAUGUGGGAGGAUCGAAUUAAAAUUUGGUAUGCCGAUCAUCGGGGAAUGUCCCGCGAUGAAGCUGAAAUGGAGUAUUUAAAAAUCACCCAAGACCUUGAUAUGUACGGCGUUAAUUACUUUCCCAUUAGUAAUAAGAAAGAGACCGACCUGUGGCUAGGAGUGACCGCUCUGGGGCUGAACAUUUACGAGAAGGAGAACAAGCUGGCGCCGAAGACGACUUUCACGUGGUCCGAGAUCCGACACAUUAGCUUCGACGACAAGAAAUUUGUGAUAAAGCCGGUGGAGAAGUCCUCGCCGAAUUUUGUCUUCUUCUCGCAGAAAGUUCGGAUGAACAAACUGAUUCUGGACCUGUGCAUUGGCAACCAUGACCUGUUCAUGCGGAGGCGGAAACCCGACUCGAUGGAGGUCCAGCAGAUGAAGGCCCAGGCCAAGGAAGAAAAAUCGAGGAGGCAGAUCGAAAGAAACAAAUUAGCUCGCGAGAAGCAAUUGAGGGAAGCUGCAGAAAGGGAAAAGGCUGCAAUGGAGCAGCGACUUAUGCAGUAUCAAGAAGAAAUCCGGUUGGCGAACGAAGCUCUCAGACGGUCUGAGGAAACAGCAGACCUUCUGGCAGAGAAGAGUCGAGUAGCAGAAGAAGAAGCGAUGCUGCUGAGUCAAAAGGCUUCCGAGGCAGAACAGGAGAUAACGCGAAUUAGACUGAAUAACAUGAAAACCGAAGAAGAAAAAGUCCACCUGGAAAGGAAGACCAGGGAGGCGGAAUUACUCACCGAAAGACUCGUUCAAGAGUCUGAAAGAAGAGCGGUUGAGGCAGAAAGAUUAAAAGAUGAGUUGCUUCGCGCUCGUAUUGCGGAGAAAGAAGCUAAAGAAAAAUUACUCGAAUUCCUCAGUAGAAACGCUUACUCGAAUACGGGUAGCAAUUUCACCAUGAAACCGGGAAUUAACUGA